AUGAACUUUAACCUUGAUGAUCCACUUGCGGGGAUUUUAAGCGAUGGUAGUGAUGAUAGUUUCUUUGAUGACGAUAUAUUGGGUAAGAAAAAACCACAAAAGAAAAAUGAAUCUAUCAUAUCGGAAAAGAAAAAUACGUUUUUUGAGUUAGGAGACCAAAAAUUACAAACUAAUCUGCCUAAAAGUCAGGAUCUACUUGGGGACAAAAGUUUACAGAAAGAUGCUGCUGUUGAACAAAUCGCGAAACCUGAUAAUUUAAAAGCAACUUCUCCAGCGCCUUUUAAGAGAACAGUUUCAAAAGAAUCAAUAUUCCAACAAAUGGACGCUAGCAAAUCGCCUGCUAAGCCAAAACUUGUCACAAGUGCUGAUAGUGUUCUUAAUGAUUUAGGAAUUCACUCAAAGAAAGAUACCAAUAAAUCGUCAGAAAAGGGUAAAAGUUCACAAUCAUUAUUGGACGAUAUUUUGGGUAGUUCAUCGAAUAAAAUAGGUGGUUCCAACCAAACCACAAGGCCUACGAUAGGUGGAAAAAAACAGCAAUUUGAUUUAGAUACAUUUUUGGAUUCUGAAUCUAGGCAAACUGGCUCAUCCACUGCUAAGGUUGAAAUACAAAAGUCAAAGAUAAAUAAAAAAACUGAAAACGUAAAAGAAGUAGAAAAGUCGAAGAAAAUGAAGUCAACCGAUGACUGGCUUGGUAUUUUUCAAGAAAAAGAUAGCUUAAUGGAAGAAGAAGAAGAAGAAGAUAAUGUGCCUGCUUGGUUAGGAGGUGGCGGGCAAAAGAAAAAGAAAAAUAUUAAGGAGCCCAAAAUUGAAACUCAACAAAUUGAUGAAGAGCAGAAAGAAGAUCCUAAAACUACAGAGCAAACCCCCAAAAAUAUUGCUAAUGUAGAAAAUCACAUUCAAAAUGUGACAGCAAAUGUCUCGAACUUAGACUUCAGUCAAGAAGAUAUAACAAUGCAAGGAACAGCACUUUAUUUACAGCAACAAGAAUCGCAGUUAAUGGUAGCGCUGCAGUUAAAAGCCCAGGAUGAAAAGUUAGCCACCAUGCAGAUGCGUCAGAAAGAAAGUCAACGAGUGCAACGCGAGUCAGUUCUCGCUCAACACGAGCAACUCGAUGCAAUGUUGCGGAGACAAGCUGAUCACCGGAAGCAAAUGCAAGCCAUUAUAGCUGUUCAUCAAGAACGAAUCACUCAGAGGAUUAAGGAUUUGUUAGGUGAUACUAAAACUGAUAAUGAGGAAACACAAGAAGAUACGAUCGAAUAUGAAGGAGCAGAACGUAAAGAAAGUCCAUUCGCAAAAGAAAGGAAACAAUUACUGCAACUCGUGCAGUCUUUACAAGAUAAUCACGAUAAAGAGAUCGAUUUAAUGGAAACAUCAUACAGACGUCAACUUGCCUUCUUAGAAGUUUCUUUUCAUCAGUCAGAGGAAAGAAUGAAAGAAGAAAGCGAAAAGGUCGUUAGAUUUUACUCAGAGAAAAUUACUUGGUUAGACGAACAUCACCAGCUGUAUAAGAAGAUGUGCGAAGAGAACUUGAAUUCGCUGACGGAGCGACAUAAGGCUGAGAAUGAUAUGCUGCGACAACAGCAUUUGGAAAAUAUUAAAACAUUACAAGAACAUCACGCUACGUUAAUGGAGAAUAUGAAGAAUGCGGUAAAACAAGAGCAAGUUCUAAUAAGAGAUUCUGCAAGUUUUUCGUUAGAUCUGCAAGAUUUGUUGACACAAGUUAAAGAUGGAAAUGUGAAGUGCACUCAGUUGUAUGAGAAAAUUGAGACAUUGUCACAAAACAGUCAAAAGGAUUCUGAUAGGAGUUUACAGAUUCGAGAGACGCAGAUUUCUGAUAUGAUUCAACAAUUAAAGAUUGAGCGGGAAAAUUUUGAAAAGGAGAAAUCGGGGAGUAAGGAAAUGGUAAACAUGUUGGAAGCGAGGCUCAAACAAAUGACAUCGAUGAUAGAAGAAGAAUCAACAUCGUUACGUCAAAAGAAAAUGGAAUUUGAAUUCGAGAAGGCAACAUUUAGCAAGCAGACGGAAUUCGCAAAGAACAUAUUAAAGAAACAGGAUGAGGAAAUUAAGAUGAUGAAAGAUGAAAUACAAAAGGAAUAUCGAGAGAAAAUAUCUCGAAUAGAGGAGGAGAAGGCAAAGUCAUUAAGGGAGAGCGCUUCGGUUGCCAAAGAGAAAGCUUCGAUACAGAGCUUGAAACUGGAACUUGAGAAAAUGAAAGCCGAGCUACAAGCGCAGUUAGAAGAGACGUCAGAGGAGAGGUCGAAGUUGAACUCACAGAAACAAGAAUUGCAAAUCGAGGAACAAAGAGUUUUUUCAAAAAGUAGAGAUUUAGACCUUCUAGCCAAAACGGCGAUGGAAAAACAAUCCCAAGCCGACAAAAAGUACUCGGAGGCAGAGUUUCUUCAAAGAAAAUACGAAGACAGAAUACGAAGGAUACAAGAACACGUCGUAUCAUUAAAUACGAGGGAAAAGCAAAUAGCCAAAGAAAAAGUCGCACUAUCGAGAGAGAGACUCAGUUUGCACAACGAGAGGAAGGAGAUCGAGGGCAGGCAGCAGUGCUCUCUGUGCAGGACCUCGCAGUACACGGACAAUGCGUAUGUACCCUCGUACCUUCCGGUUUCGAGGUGUUACGGAAAUAUAAGCUCUCCUGUGAAUGUCAUAGAAGCGGAAAUGGCCCAGUUAAUGGGCCGAGUCAGGCAGGACGUCAUCGGUGCUCGUGAAGACGUGCGUCAAGAAUCUGGGGCUUUUAAGGACUAUAUGGAUCCCAAGCUGAUGAUGUUACGCUUAGACGUUCAACAAGUCAUUGGCAAUUUGGAUCUGAGCAAGAAAGAUGAAACCGAAAGAAAAGAACACGAAGAAAUGUAA